UACGGCAUGACGCACAGUAAGACAUGAGCGCAUUUGAAUUCACGUAUGUUGUUGAUAACGAGCUAGCUUGAUAAAAUGGCAUCUACUUGGAAAACAUAUUUAACGGUUGCGCAUUUCAUCGCUCUGUGUAUCAUCACUAAAAUCCAAUCAAGACAAAUAACCACGGAGACUGUUGUGUUAAACGUGACAGCAUUUAGUGAAAUUAACCAGACAAAGUACAGUGUACAGAUUAACUUGAAUGUAGGUCUCUGGGACAAUGAAACAUUCAUUAAUGGAGCUCCUCUCAAAUCCUCAGGAGUCACAAGGAUUUCAUGUCCUGCUCUGCUCUUGGAUGGCCAUAAUGUGAGCUCUGGUAAAACAGCUGGUGGGUUGGUCAACAGUGAGCUGAGGCUCAUGUUGAAUCAGUCAUAUAUUCAGAGCAAUGCAGGAGAGAAGGUUGUGUUACUCAUCCUGAGUCAGGAGAUAAUCCAGCUGGCGGAUGAAAUGGUCCAGCAGCCUGACAUCUGUGAGGUGGAAAUCCUUUGGAACCAGAACUCAGAAGAGAUCACACAGGUUACCACUGUUUACCCUUCAUCGAGAAGCCAGCUCUCUGCCGUUCCACCAGAGAAUGAUGUCUUAAUAACUGAUGCAUCAAUAGACAAUACAGGUGAAGCCCAAGUGCUCAACACCACAAGCCACUAUUUAUUAAAACAUGCAGAGACCACUCAGGAGGAGAUUGCAGCUCGAGGAAAGCUGCCUGAAACCCCCUUGCGGAUGGACCCUGAUACCCUGUAUGAAUCCAGAGAGGAAGAGGAAAGGAAUUCAGAUUACUUACUGCCUGAGGUUCCUCUUAGAGAGUCAAUGUCCUCUUACAGUGUGGCGUGCCAGUGGGUUGAAGAGCUGAAGGAUAAACUGAGGAGGUUCUGGUCCGAUUCUGUGCCACUAUUCUUGUUAAUCAUGUGGGUGGCAGUUGUUGGUGUUGCAUGCUCUGCUGUCAUUAUUAAGAUCCUGGAUCUUCUCUUCCCAUCCUGUGAACACCGAGGAUUUUUUCAUCUGAAUCUAGAGACACUAAUGCCAGAUGUUGAAAAACAGAGGCUAAUCGAUAACACCGAAAAUGAGGGGCAGACAACAGAAAAAAGCAUUUUGAUAGAAAAGUGAUGGCUAUGGAUGUGUUCUCAUCAGUUUUGUCAUGUGGCUUUAUUUGGUAAAUGAUAUCAAUGACUUCGGUGUAGCACAAAUUCUAUUCCAUUUCCUAAUGAAACAGAAUUCUAUUUUCACAUGCUCUGUAUAAAAGCAUUAUCAGCUGAAAGUUUGUUUUAUCCUUUUGUAUUCACUGUCAUGCGGUUUUGAGAAGAGAAAACAUGUGUGGUAUAUUUUUAAACUCAUUAAGCACAGUACCACUUAACAAAAAUGCUCCUGCCUGAAUUGUAAAACUGAGAUAUAAAAAAUCUAAAAUGGUAUGGAAUAAAUGGAAAAGAUUGAAUCUGGUUCAAUUUUAUCCAAAUGAAUAACUUCAAUGAUAACUGAUCUUGAACGGUCCUCCUUUGACUAUUUAAUGCAUGUUUUUCUUAUUUCUCACUGUGGAUCUGUUUUUAGAAGUGGCCUGUAUUAAAGAUGCUGUAAUUAUCGACGCCGCCUCUCACAAACCCAGCACUCCAAAGAUACCAAAUUAGCUUUAUUGUGACCGACACAGAGCAGAAACGGUUGUCAAACAGCAGCAAAAUAGCACCCUCAACUGACAACUGUUAUGAACAACAGAGCAUAAAAAUGACAUUAAGCCUCAAUAAUUCGCUGCAACUACCAUACUAUGAAAAUGUGCAAAAUGAUUGACAGGCACAAAGUGCCAAAGACCUCAGACACAUUUUUGUUUGCUCUUUACAGAGUCCAGAGCUGUCACAGACCGGUGAGAUAUCUCACACUUAUUUAAAUAACAUAUUUCAGGGUGUAGACAUUUUUUUUGCAUACUUUUCCAUUAAAUAUUGCUUACAGCAACUUUAAAUUCCUAUAUUGUUUACCUUUCAAAGUAUCAUGUAAUAUGCAUUUUGCUUCAGUCAGCUAUGGAUGUUGCAUUAAGCAUGCAUACUAGCAACAUAUUUCAGGUUUAACCUGCAUUAGAUGAAUGACUUGGGUUGCGAUUUCUGUGUUAAGUUUCCCUUGAGACGACUGAAAUGUCUCUCUCAGUGCAGUUUACGCAUUGCUCCGUAGCAUUAUUUUUUAUAGAGUAAACACAUGUUCCACUAAGAAAAGUAUUACAGCUGAUCAUAAAAUGACCAUUUUAACUAAAGUCCUACAUUUCAUUGUAACCCCUGAAUGGAAGACCAUCUGUCAUUGGAUUUGAAUUCAAUCAAAUGUGUGUCACUUGUAAAAAUAACUUUUUUUUCACGAUUUGUUAUCAGUAAAUUCUGCACAAUAAAUGAGUUUGAAUCUCA